AUGGCUUUCCAGUAUGAGGAGGACCUCUCCUGUACUGUCUGCUUGGAUAUUUUUAAAGAUCCUGUUGUCCUCUCCUGUAGCCACAGCUUCUGUAAAAGCUGUCUGCAGACAUGGUGGGGUGAUAAAACAGUACAUGAGUGCCCUCUUUGCAAAAGGAAAUCAUCAAGGAGUGACCCACCUCGAAACCUGGCAUUAGCAAAGGCGUGUAAGGCAUUCCAAAUGGAGAGAGAUCAGAGGGUUUCUGUGGUGUCAGAGGCUCUCUGUUGCCUGCACUCAGAAAAAUUCAAACUCUUUUGUCUGGACCAUCAGCUGCCGGUGUGUCUUAUCUGCAGAGACUCAAAAAUGCAUACCAACCACAGGUUUAGACCCAUCCAAGAAUUUGCACAGGAGCAAAAAAAGGGGCUCCAGAAAUCCCUGAAGCCUUUACAUGAGAAACUGAAAGUAUUUGAACAAAUUAAAGAAAAGUGUGAUAAAACAGCAGAACACAUUAAGGUCCAGGCUCGCCACACAGAGAGACAGAUUAAAGAGCAUUUUAAGAGGAUGCACCAGUUUCUACAAGAGGAAGAGGAGGCCAGGAUCACUGCACUGAGGGAGGAAGAGGAGCAGAAGUUUAAGACAAUACAGGAGAAGAUUGAAGGUCUGAUCAGAGAGAUAGAAGCUCUUUCAGAAACGAUUAGAGCCACGGAGGAGGAGCUGAAAGCCGAAGAUGUCUCAUUCCUGCAGAACUACAACGAUGCAGUGAAGUUAGUCCAACAGCAGCCCCUGCUGGAUGAUCCAGAGCUGGCCACAGGAGCUCUGAUAGAUGUGGCUAAACACCUGGGCAACCUGACCUUCAACAUCUGGAACAAAAUGAAGAAAAUGGUCUCCUACUUUCCUGUGAUUCUGGAUCCAAACACUGCCAACCCAGAAUUUAUCCUCUCUGAAGAUUUGACAAGUGUAAGUCACGGAGAGCAACAGAAGCUUCCCGAAAACCCAGAGAGGACUGACUAUCAUCGUUCCGUCCGCGGCUGGGAGGGCUUUAACUCAGGGACCCACAGCUGGGAUGUUGAAGUGGGAGACAACACAGCCUGGUUUGUUGGAGUGGCAGCCGAAUCCAUUCAGAAAAGGGAGCGGGUAAAAUCAGGAUUCUGGCAAAUCGAGUUCUACAAUGGUAAAUACAGCACACGCAUACUGGGAGCCCCACCGUCUGCUCUCCGAGUAAAGAAGAAGCUGCAGAGGAUCAGAGUUCAUCUGGACUGGAACAGAGGAAAGCUGUCAUUCUUUGAUCCUGAUACUGGCUCACACUUACAGAGUUUCACACACUCUUGCACUGACAAGCUGUUUCCAUGCAUAGGUACUUUAAACGAAAUCCCACUGAAGAUAUUACCAGACAAAAUUUCUGUAACAAGAGAUUAUCUCAGUUAAAGUUUGGUGUGUUUGAUAAGCAGAUGCAUUGUCCUUCGGUGCAUGGACUGACACCAAGGUAAUGUGUCAAAGUAUUACCCAGAACUUAAGGUUUCUCAGCAGAAAACUACAACCAAAUGAGAAGAUUAAUGGUAUUCUCACCACCUGUAAGUGGUUUUAAUGUUACUAAUGUUUGCAUGCUGUAAAAUCUGUAGACUUCGCCCCCCAGAAAUUAAGAAGUGGGAAAUGCUGCCUGAGUUUUAAUCACGUUCAAAGUGCUUAUUUACCUACUUAAGAAGAAUAAUAGCUGAUUUAUCCUACAGCAAUAAAUGAAUGGGGUGUAUUGCCAUCAACAAUUGUGCCAGGUUUGUUUUGAAUUAAUGAGGUGUAAACCAUGGUAUAUUGGAAAGCUAGUACAUCCAAUAACAGAACAACUGUGUGAAGCAAGAUAUGCUGGAAUUCAAAUGCAAGGCUAACAUUCUGCUAAUGUAGACACAUGCAGUUUUUUUUUGUUUUUAUAACUCAGUUCUGAUCCUCUCCCUACACCCCACAUUUCAGAAAAAGUAACAGUUGCUUAAGGUUUGUCAUUUUCAAGUUAACAUUAUCAGCUCAGUUUCUCUUGUGAUGUCGGGUGGCUGUAGCUCAGGAGGCAGUGCAGGUUAACUACUAGUUUCAAGGUUAGUGGUUCAAUCCCUGGUUAUUCCAAACUGUAUGGAUACUACCCAAGAAUGGGUAAAUGGGGCAAGUUGUAGAAAGUACUUUGGGUGCUUAGCUAGAAUAUAAAAGUUCUACAUAAGGUCCAUGUUAGGGUGAUAGAGACACAUAGAUAUAAAGACAUAAUUUACUA